UUGCAGAGUAUUAUCAAUUCAUUCAUAUUAAAGUAGACUUGGUGCACUUCGCCUGCAACCGACUCAAAACUAGCACAUUCAUCAACGUUGUGUUUAUCACAACUUCCCUCCUUCAUCCAUUACGUUUCUUGCCACUAUUUUCCAUUUGAGGGCAUUGUUUUGGAUUUCUCUCUCUCUCUCUCUCUCUCUCUCUCUCCUGUUGUUUCUUAUCUCACUGUCCCCAUUGAUCUGGCAUGAGACGCGCAAUUAUUAAAACCAGACACCUAACUUGCUGAGGGAAACAGAGAAUACAAACAUAAAACACAGAAAAACAGAGCAAAAGAGAGGAAUGGAGAAGAGGGAGAGAGCCUACAAAGCUCACUGCUUGGUGUUACCCUUUCCAUCCCAAGGCCACAUCAAUCCCAUGUUCCAGUUCUCCAAGCUUUUAAACCAGAAAGGAAUCAAAAUCACACUAGCCAAUACCAUCUUUGUCCACAACACCCUGCAUAAAAUUUCUUCAUCAUCCACUUCCAUUGCAUUUGACACCAUUUCUGAUGGCUAUGAUGAAGGUGGGCUUACUCAAGCAGAGAGCAUAGAAGCCUAUUUGGACCGGUUUCGAAAAAUCGGGACGAAGACUCUGAUUGAGCUUAUUGACAGGCUCUCUAGCUCAGGGAACCGAGCUGAUUGUAUUGUCUAUGAUGCAUUCAUGCCUUGGCCUCUUGAUGUAGCCAAAAAGUUUGGGAUUGUUGGAGCAGUUUUCUUCACUCAGUCUUGUGCCGUUGACAACAUAUUCUACCAUGUCCACCAAGGCCUGCUCAAACUUCCUCUGCCUCCUGAGUCUGAGAUUUUGCUUCCUGGAUUGCCACCACUUCAACCUUCUGACAUGCCUUCUUUCAUCUCUGUUUAUGGAUCAUACCCUGCUUUCUUCACAAUGGUUGUGGAUGAUCAGUUCUCUAAUGUUGACAAAGCUGAUUGGGUUUUGUGCAACACAUUUUACGAGCUGGAAGAAGAGGUGGUGGAUUGGAUGGCAAAGCUUUGGCCAUUGAGGACUAUUGGACCAACAAUCCCAUCAAUGUACUUGGAUAAGCGGCGUGAAGACGACAGAGAAUAUGGUUUUCUUGUAGAUUUCCGAUUGGCCGGUGGUUUCAAUAAACAUUCAUCUGGACAUGACAACAAUAAAAGCUCAGGAGUUUCAUUUGUUAUCAGUGUACUGGAGAUGUAUUGCCCAGAAACGUAA